UUCCUCUUAAUUUUUUAGACUACAGCAGUGUUAAAGCGUUGCGUAUACUCAACUCCGAGCUGGCAGAUACUCUAGGAAAUCUUUUAUCGCGUGUCUGUGCAAAGUCAUUAAAUCCGCAACAAAUUUAUCCCCCACUCCAUUCGUCGCAUUUAGACGACAUUUUGCGAAUGGAUGCAGCGCUACGUUUACAGGAUGAACUGCGGCAGUUGGAAGAGCGCUGUACGCAGCACUACAACGAGAACAACUUCUAUUUGGUGGUGGAUAUAGUGAUGUCAACGUUGCACGCGGCUAAUAAUUUCUUUGAGAGCGCACGUCCUUGGGAAUUGAAAAGUAGCAGCAACAAAAGCAAUAAGGAUAACAGCACCAUAAACACUAACGACAACAAUUCCGGGCACAUCGAAAAUGCCAACAGACUGCAGACAAUAAUUGCAAUGACAAUGGAUACCUUACGUUUAUGCGGCAUUGUUCUGCAGCCGAUUGUGCCCGUUUUAAGCUGCAAGUUGUUGGAUAAAUUAAGUGUGCCUCAGCAACAGCGCCAGUGGCGCAAUUUAAAUGAGAGUUUCGCAACAACGACGAAUAAAACGGCAAAUGAUGCUGGACGCCUGGAGGCACGUUCGCUAAGUAAAACUGAUGCAAUACUUUUCCAACGCAUUUUGCAAAAGGAGAUUGCCACCGAUAAUCAAGCCAGUAAACAAUCACAAAAACAAAAGCAACAGCAACAAGCAAAAGAGUUUGGCAAGGCUAGAACAAAGAAAGAGAAAGCAGAAAAAGUCGUCCAAUAAAAGCGUGCAUUUUAAAUCUACCAGGAUAUUGCAAUACUGGAAUUUCACUUAAGCGCAUUGCCACAAUUUGAUGCGUUCUUCUGCAAAUGCAGUUUAUUAGGUUUAUUAUUAUUGACUUGAUUGCGCUGGCAUGCCUGGAGUCUAUUAAGAUAAGAAGCUAGCUUAACGUCUUUAAAUAGUUUUAUUAAAAUUAUAAUGUUGAAUGUA